AUGGCAACUUUGGCUCUAUUGUACAUUUUGCUUUUGGCAUUAUUCCUGGCCACAAAACAAACAAAUGCUUCCCUUUUAAAUGAAACCAAGGAAAGUUCCCGUAUUGUGGGUGGCACUGUAACUAACAUUGGCAGAGCUAAAUUUGUGGUGAAUCUUCGUAAAAAUGGUAAAUUUAUUUGUGGCGGUACUUUGGUGGCACCAAAAACUGUAAUCACUGCCGCCCAUUGUGUGGAAGGAUUAAGAGCCUCGGAUCUGUCUAUAAUAGGUGGAGCUACUUAUCUUUCGGAUAAGGGCGUAAAAAGCACUGUCUCAAAAGUAAUUAUACCAAAAGAAUACAAUAACCGAAAUAUGGAUAUGGAUAUAGCGGUACUGGAAUUAUCCAGUGCCCUGAAAGGAGCCAAUAUUUCAACUAUUGAAUUGUGUAAAUCGAAAUGGAAUACUAAUGACUUCAUAACGGUUUAUGGUUGGGGUCAAAUUACCGAAACCAAUGACAAAAGCUCAAAUCAAUUGAGGACGGUGAGUGUGCCUGUAAUAGAGCAGAACAAAUGCAGCGAUAUGUAUAAAGGCCAGGGCAAAAUAACACGUUCAAUGUUUUGUGCGGGCAACUUGAGGGGCAAAGAUGCUUGUACUGGCGAUUCUGGGGGACCAGCCGUAUUUAAAAAUCAAUUAUGUGGUGUGGUAUCGUGGGGUAUUGGUUGUGCUCGCAUCUCAUUAAUAUACGUUAAGGGAAAUGAAAGUAGUGCCCGCAUAGUUAGUGGUUCUACAACAAAUAUAAGCAGAGCCAAAUUUACGGUCAAUUUACGAGUUAAUGGCAAAUUUAUAUGUGGCGGUUCUUUGGUCACACCAAAAAUUGUUGUCACAGCAGCUCAUUGUGUUAAAAACGUUAGUCCAGCUCGAUUAACGGUGGUGGGCGGUGUCACCUACCUUUCAGAAUCGGGAGUACGCCGUAGUGUCGAGAAAAUUAUAACACCCAAGGAAUAUAAUCCUAGAACUUAUCAUUCGGAUAUAGCGGUACUCAAAUUAUCAGGCAAUAUGAGUGGCAAUAAUAUUGCUACCAUUGAACUGUGCAAAUCUAAUUGGAAACUAGGAGAUUCUAUUGAUGUUUAUGGCUGGGGUGCACUGAGCGAAAACAAUAAUCGUGAAUCGAAUCAAUUACGUACAGUAAGAGUUCCCUUAGUAACUCGUAAAAAAUGUUCGGAUAUGUAUAAAGUUGAUGGCAGUAGAAUAACUCAGACAAUGUUCUGUGCUGGAGACUUAAAAGGAAAAGAUGCUUGCUUUGGUGAUUCCGGUGGUCCGGCUGUAUUUCAGAAUCAAUUGUGUGGAGUUGUCUCGUGGGGUGUUGGUUGUGCGAGAACUAAUUUUCCUGGCGUCUAUACAAGUGUUAAGACUGUUCGAAAUUUUAUUGAUCGUGCUAUGAAACUAUGA